AUGGUCGAGUGACCUUCGCUCAUGUCCCGAAGAUUCGGCGUUUUUGGUGCAGCGAUUUUCCAAUUGUGGCGGGAGCCGACAACUAUGGCGACGAUGGGGAUGGCGAUGGCGUGUAUUGGACUCAGUCAUGUCAUCGUCAGGCUGAAGAGCCAUAGCUUUUGCGGCUGAGACCUCUCGCAGAUCACUAUCCGCUCUCUCUUCAUACCAGCUUUAAUCUUGCGGCCCCUUCCCCCCCCAAGGUCACGCGAUACCGGCGGUGUAGUUUGCUGAACAUCGCUUGUCGGCUCGGAUCGAGUAUCCGGUACCCGUCAAUUGCACUUCAUCCUCUCUCUCUCUCUCUUCGCAUUUGCCUUCUUUUGACCGAUAUUGUGGAUCGGACAACCCAGGACAUGAAGAUACGUUGAAGGAUGAGGAUACAUGUGCUCGGAUUGGGAUCCAUUGGGACACUCGUAACUCACCAUUUGAGGUUGGCGAAUCCUGAAUUGCCCAUCACUCUCAUCUAUAAGCGCGGACGCAUCUUCAAGGGAGAUACCGCUCAGGAUCAUGAGCUCACGGUUCAGAGGGAUGGACAAGAAACUAGGAGCAGAGGUUUCAAUCAUGAGAUUUGGAAUAAGACGGGUGAAGAGGCUAUGCUCGCGAACAGCAAGAGGGUGCUCGGAGUACCACCCGAAAAUGGACCAGCUGUCACGCCGAGGACAUCUGACUCUGACAUUCCAUCGUUGAUUGUAUGUCUCAAAACACCAGCGACGACCAAAGCUCUGACGGAACUCGCCCCCCGAUUAUCACCUUCAUCCGUCAUUACCUUGAUUCAAAAUGGAAUGGGAACGUACGAGGAGCUGUGCCAUACCAUUUGGCCAAAUGUAGCCAAGAGACCUCAAUUCAUCCUUGGUACUACAACUCACGGUGCAACGACAGCCAUCAAGAAUAAGGUGGCCAUCACGAAGCAUACUAGUGCCGCUGGAACUGGAGACAUCAAAUUCGGCAUCGUACCCGACCCAAGAAAGCAACAAGAUUUCGAGGCAUGGUUGUGGGGGAAGUCAUCACUUGAUAAACUGUCAGUCCUUGAACAACCGUCAUCCCCUCGCCUGCCUCUUCCCCCUGCUCCUAGUUCAGAGUACCGAAACCUAGCGGAUACACUUUCUACUUUGCUGUCCCUGGAUCAGCUUGGCUCAUCACUCAUACCCUACGCCCAUUUACAACAUGAAAAGUUGUUCAAGACAGCUCUGAACAGCUUGAUCAAUCCCCUCACCGCAGUGUUGGGAGCCGGAGCCCUGCCGAAUGGAUCCCUGACUCGCUCGAGCCCCGCUUCACGGAUCAUGACUCAGCUGGCACAAGAGACUUCAGACGCCAUCACUGCAUCAUUGUUGGCGCAGUACGCUCCGGCGCAACCGCCAGCCGAUAUUCUCCGUCUCUUCAGUGCGGACAGCUUGUCUUCUCGAGCAUUAGCUCUGGCACGCGAUACUCAGUACAAUACGUCUUCGAUGGCUGUCGAUGUCAGUGCUGGCCGAGAGACAGAAGUGGCGUACAUCAAUGGACGCAUCAAGGCUCUUGGAGACGCCAACGGGAUACGUACACCUUGUCAUCAGAUGAUUACAGCCAUGGUUGAGCACACUUCAUUAAUCAAUGGAGGCGGAUCAGCCGCCACUCCCUCAGCCGUCAGAGCCGUUCGGAAGCUCAAAGAUCGGAGAGAGAGGCUGCUGGUCUUUGAUUCGCUACCUCGACGAUUCUUCCCCAAGCGUAUGGAGUUGGAGCAAGAGAGAGUUCGCGCGACUCGACGACAAGCACGAGUCAUGGAAGCGCUGCGAGAGGAUAAAACCAGGGAACAGAUACGGGAAGAUAGGAGGAAGAGAAGGCAGGACAAAGCGAUACUAAUUCGAGAAUCUUUCGCCAAUCAUGUAGCAGAGGGAAACGUCCUUCCGACUCUGAUGGGCGUGCUGAAGCGCAACACUCGUACCAGCAAAGCCAACUCUGAGUCCUCGGCAACAGCGGAGCCACUCACGUCUGAAGCUGAGGACGCCACCUCCGAUCCCAGUGAUCCACCGAUCGGGGCCUCGGCGGCGGCAGAGCAGCAGCACACGCACAAAGCUGAAACUGUCGCAUCCGCUAAGGCCGAUGCUACCGCUCGACCUGCCGAUUUAUCUCCCACAACAUCAAGCCUCGACGACGCUAUCGCGGCCUCCCAACGCAUGUCAUCUCCAUCUGCAUCGCCGCAAUCUCCCUUCACACCCUACGUUCAUCGCUUGUCCAUCGACGACAUGAUAGCGUCUGCACCACGUCAAGAACGUACGUGGGAUGUGCCUGCCUUACCGCCGACGUCCCGAGGUCCCCUUCCUAAGAAACGGGUCCCCUCAGCGCCAUUGGCCAUAUCUCCAUCGAGUCCGGAGGAGAAAUACCAAAUUCCGGGUAUACCCACUUCUCGACCCAAAGUCAUGGCGGAUUGGAUGGACUCGAUGAUCACCUCAGCACCAAGAGCCGAGAGGACGUGGGAGGUACCGAAGACUGCCCCGGGUCAAGCUCCUAGGAGAGACAUGAAGCGAUCGAGCGUGUCUCAGAGGCAGGGCUCAUGACUGUAAGGGCUAGGCGGGAGGAAGAUCUGUUUGAAAGGGAUUGGCCCUCAUCAUUAUCUCGUGUAUCCUGUAUGUAUUGUAGCAGUCUG